ACAUCUGUGUUCAAACUUUAAUCGGUAAGGUGCGUUUUAAAGAUGGAGAGAUCAAGUUUAUUUUUAUAAAUUAUACGAAAAUUUAAAUAUAAAUAAUUAAAUGUAUAUUCAAGAUUUUUUAAAAUAUUAUUUGCAUUAUAAUAUGACUGGUCAAAUGUAUAUUAUUGAAGAAAAUUGAUCAUUAUUUCGUUGUAAUUACCGUGUAAAAACGUUCACGAUGACACUGGCACCAAAGGACCUAACCAAACUAUUAGAUAUUCUUGAUGAGGAAAAUAUGGACACUAGCUUGGAAAAUCUUUGCAAUCAGCUUCAUCAAGUAUUUUCCAAGGAAGAUCGCUUUAAAGUUGGAAUGACGUUACUUCUGUUACUGCAACAUAUUGAUUUGUUACCAAAACAUGGUCAACGAAUAAUGGCCUUAACAAUGUUGUUUGAUUUGUACAGAGGAGAGCCAUUAGCUUCUACACCAUUUGCAACAGUUUUUGUUCAAGUGUUGAAACCACAAGAGGAUACAACUAAUGGUGUUUCGAUAACUAAUUUCUCAGGACAUAUUCCUGUACUUUCUGAAUGUGAGAAAAACUUACUUAUUAAUUUGUUAGGAUAUAAUCAAAAGGAAGUAAUGAAGAAAACACCGCGCCAAUUAAUCGUAGAUGAUCUCUAUUUUGCAUCAACACCCCCAAUAGACUUAACCAAUUUGCAGUUGCAACUUGCCGAAUAUCAUUCUGAACUUCCUUCCAUAAGUAAAUGCGGCAAUCCAAUUAUAUUACCAGAUAUGGAUCACUCUAAGAUAACAGGAUCCGAUAAAAAGAUAUUGAGAAACGUUGCAGAAAAUCUUAUUGUCGGAGAUCCACCAUUAUGUGCUCAAAGUUAUAGUCCUGAAUUUUUAAGAUUGGCUCCACCUCUAUAUCAUUCUAUCAAUGAAUUAGCAUGGUUUAAUGUCACAGAUCCUUCUGAAUUUACUGUGGAAUAUGAUAAUAGUAUGUGUGUUUCCAAUUGUGCUGGAGCUGAAGCACGUAGACUAAUGGGCAAAGCUUUUAAAAGUGUUUUAACACUUCAACAACAACAGCAUUUAGUUAAUGAAUUAGAUAGGGAUCCAAAACUGGUUUAUCAUAUAGGUCUUACACCUGGAAAAUUGCCAGAUUUAGUAGAAAAUAAUCCAUUAAUUGCUAUUGAAGUUUUAUUAAAACUUAUGCAAUCUAGCCAAAUAACAGAAUAUUUUAGUGUUUUGGUAAAUAUGGAAAUGUCCCUUCAUUCGAUGGAAGUUGUAAAUAGGUUGACUACCACUGUGGACUUGCCAACUGAAUUUGUUCAUUUAUACAUUAGCAAUUGUAUAUCUACCUGUGAAACUAUAAAGGAUCGUUAUAUGCAGAAUCGACUUGUACGUCUAGUUUGUGUAUUUCUUCAGUCUUUGAUUAGGAAUAAAAUCAUUAAUGUUCAAGAGUUAUUUAUUGAGGUGCAAGCAUUUUGUAUUGAAUUUAGCCGUAUUAGAGAAGCAGCAGCAUUAUUUCGUCUUUUGAAACAACUUGAAUCAGGUGACAUAGGUGGAUUAAAUGCACCUCCUACAAAGAGCAAAAUAGAUAUGUGUUAAGACAAUACCUUUCUGUUAACAUAUUUUUUCUUUGGUUAACAAUCUGAUUUUUUUUUUUUUUUUCCUUUCAUUUUGAUUAUAUUAAAUAAAUAUAAAAAUCAUGUUUUUGAGAUAUGUUUUAAAAUGACAUACUCAUAGAGUUUUCGAAUCUAUGCUAGAGAGAUCCUGUAUAUUAUUAAUGCACAAAUCUAUAUAAUUAUUUAUUAUAUUUCUUCCAGCAAUGACACAUUGUAUUUAUUUAGAUAUCUUAUUGUAUUGUGAUUAAAUUCUAUAUUUAAUGAAAUUAUUUUUAUUUAAUCACAGAAAAUGAGUGAAUAUUAUAUCCGAUUGCGCUAUUGUAUAAUUAUUUCUACAUAGUAAAAAAAAAAAGGAAGGAAUACCUAUUUUAUAUUGGCAGCCCAUCAUUAAGAUGUUUAUUUUAUAUUAUUCUGUCAUUUUCAAAAAUGAAUAAUGUACAAAAUACAUAUGUGCCAUUAUGUAACAAUGUUCAAUGAACAAGGUGUACACUCUUCUUAGCAAGUAGUAAUUAUGUUACUGUUUGUAUAUUUAGAAUAUUUUUAACUUGAAUUAUUACACAUCUCAGUUGUAUAUUACAAAAUAAAUGUCUUUAUAUUA